AUGCCACUGACUGGUUUGAUGGUAAUGAAACAAGCUAGAAAAUACCAUGAAGAACUGAACAUUGAAGGCGAGUGUGAAUAUUCAGAAGGUUGGCUGCAGAAAUUUAAGAAGCGUCAUGGUAUAAAAUAUCUGAAAAUCUGUGGUGAAAAAGCUUCUGCUGAUUAUGAUGCAGCUGAACGUUACAUUGAUGAAUUUGCCAAGAUGGUAUCUGAUGAUAAGCUUAGUCCGGAGCAAAUAUACAAUGCUGAUGAAACAGCUCUCUACUGGCGCUACAUCCCUAGAAAAACAUUAACAACGGUUGAUGAAAGAGCACCAUCAGGUUUCAAGGACGCUAAGGACAGGGUGACUGUUCUUGGGUGUGCAAAUGCUGCAAGCACACGCAUGUUAAAGUUGGCAGUGCUUGGAAAAAGCCAACGUCCAAGAUGUUUUAAAGGUGUAACAAAUCUACCUGUGCAUUAUUAUGUAAACAAGAAUGCAUGGGUAACCAGAGAAAUGUUUACCAAUUGGUUCAAUAACCAUUUCGUACCAGCUGCACGAGCUCAUUGUAGGAAAGCUGGACUGGUAGAAAACUGCAAAAUUUUAUUGCUCCUAGACAACUGUUCCGCACAUCCCCCUGCUGAAGUUCUUGUGAAAAAUAAUGUUUUUAGCAUUUAUCUUCCCCCCAAUGUGACAUCUUUAAUACAGCCUUGUGACCAAGGAAUUUUGCGCUCAAUGAAGACAAAGUAUAAAUACUUUUUUCUGAACUGCAUGCUUGCUGCAGUCAACAGAGGCGUAGAUAUCAAAGACUUCCUGAAAGAGUUCACUCUUAAGGAUGUCAUUUAUGCACUUGUUAAUGCUUGGAAAGAUGUAACUAAAUCAACAUUAAAAAAUGCAUGGCACAAACUUUGGCCUGCAACAAUGUUCGAUGAAAAUGAGCCUGCAGAUGAAGACGAGAUGAAGAUGAUAUCAAACCUCAUUGCUUAUGCCAAAAGUGUUGCAACAGAAAAUGUAAAUACGUUAGAGUCAGCUGAUAUCGAAGAAGUGCUGAAUGUUGACAAUGACGCACUUGUUGUGCAUUCCUUGAGUGAUGGAGAAAUUGCUGAAAUGGUGUUAGAUAACAAUAAGCAUGAGGAUAGUACAGGUAGUGAUGAGGAUGAUGACAUUGUGAACACAGGUGAAAAAACGCCCAUAGAUGAUAUGGUAAAACUGUGUGAUCAGUUAAUUGGUGGCAUGGAACAACGUACAUUUAUCAGUGCCCAUGAGAUUAUGGCAGUUUAUUCAAUCAAAGAGAGACUGCUUAGACAGAAACCUCUGUUAAUGAAACAUAUGACACUGGAGGAAGUCUUUAAGCCCGAGAACGAUGGUCACGAUGGGAAGCCCGAAGACGAUGGUCACCAUAACAACGAUGACGACAUUGAUCUACCCUCUUCUCCAGGAUCCUCAAACUAG